GAAGGGUUGAAGACUCUCAGGCUUCGAGGAUAUAUUCAGGGCAAGGAGGUUUUCAUGUUGGACGACCAGAGGUAGGGUUGGUGUGGGAUUGAUUUCAUGAUUAUGGAAUUAGGAGUGCAAGCCAUUGAGUUAGUGGGAAAAAAAGAUUUGAAUUCUUCCUGUUUGGGACAUGGAGAAUAAAGAUAGGAGGGUGCUAGGCAGGGCAUCAGGAAUCCUAGCUUUUUCUUGACCUGGGGUCAACAAAGAUGUAGACCUGCUACCUGCCAUUGUUACUGGCAACAAAUACUAUUGGUAUGGCAGACCACUCUCCCCACCACUAUUCCUCGCAGUUCCUUUGAGUUGUGAGCCUUUCAGCUGUGUUGUGAGAUCGGUGCUCGCCUCACUGUUCUUGUUGCUGCUACAAUUACAAGGUGACAGACGAUACUUCGACUAGUUCGUCAGAUGGCGCAACCACAAAGUCGCCAGGAGCAGUCUGCUACUCCAAUGGAUAGGCGUCUCCUAGCAGCAGCCACAACUGGAGACACAAUAGCAAUGCAGCACCUGGCUUCACAUGAUCCAGCUGUGCUGCUUGGAACAACUCCACAGCGGAACACGUGUCUCCACAUCUCCUGCAUCUAUGGCCAUGAGGGAUUCUGCAAGGAUGUCCUGACGCUCAACCAGUGCCUCCCACUUCUCGCCGCCACCAAUGCCGACGACGAGACGCCGCUGCUUGCCGCUGUAGCUAGGGGGCGUGCCAAAUUAGCUUCUAUUUUGCUUAGGUUCUACUGUGAUCAGCAUCUGAGGGACACAAUCCUGAUGCAAGACAAGCGUGGAUUCAACGCACUGCAACAUGCAAUCUUCAGGGGACUUAGGAAGCUUGCACUGGAGCUGAUAGAAGCAGAGCCUGCCUUAUCCAAAUCUGUGAACAAAUGGUAUGGGUCACCCAUGUUCACCACGGUGAUGAUAGAUAAUGGGGACGUCUUUGAAAAGCUAUUGGAGAUUCAUGAUGCGGCUGAUGGGGGAGCUCGUCGGUACAAUGCUCUGCAUGCUGCCGUGACAACUGGUAAUGCAGUUAUGGCCAAAAGGAUUAUGGAGGCACGCCCAUUGUUAGUCAGACAAGAAAAUGAUGAUAAGCGUACACCAAUGUACCUGGCCGCAAAAGAGAACAAGAUUGAGGUGCUUAGAGUAUUGUUGGAACAUGAUCCGUCUUUGGGUUAUUUCACCUCCACAGAUGGCUCCCCUCUUCUUUGUAUCGCAGCAACAGAUGGCCAUGUUGGUGUUGCUCGAGAGCUUCUUAGACAUUGUCCUGAUCCUCCCUAUUGCGACACAACAGGUUCGACAUGUUUUCACAUAGCUGUAACAUCUGGUCUGGCAGAUUUUGUGAGAUUUGUCGUGAGGUCUCCACAACUCCAGCAUCUUGUUAACCUGCCCGAUAACAAGGGAGAACCUGCUCUGCUACUCGCACACAGAAUCAUGGCAGCAGGUGAUGAACCAAAAAGAAAAACAAUGAUGAGCGUGAUCACUAUUUUACAGUGCUACAACAAUAAUAAUCUUAGUGUCCACGCAGAGCCUUUCACCUCGGGGAUGGAACGGCUCGUGAAAGCAGCAGUAUGUGGUCAUGUCGCAGAAAUGAGGAACCUGUAUCUGCAUGUUCCGGAUGUGCUGGUUCGAACCACUCCUCAGGGAAACACCUGCCUCCACAUCGCCGCCAUACAUGGCCACAAGGUAUUCUGCAAGGAGGUCCAAGCUCUGAAACCGUCACUUCUUGCUGCCGUCAACUCGGACGGCGAGACCCCUCUGCUGGCCGCCGUGGCCAGUGGCCGUGUCUCUGUAGCUUCUGUUUUGCUUAGGUGCUGCGGUGAUCGGCAGCUGAGCAACACAAUUCUGAAGCAAGACAAGCGUGGAUGCAGCGCGCUGCACCAUGCCAUACGCAGCGGACACAGGGAGCUGGCACUGGAGUUGAUAGAAGCAGAGCCUGCUCUGUCGCAAGCCGUUAACGAGUACGGCGAGUCACCCAUGUUCAUCGCGGUGAUGAGAAACUACGAGGAUGUCUUCAACAAACUGUUGCAGAUUCCUGAUUCUGCUCUUGGAGGAGCCUGUGGCAUGAAUGCUCUGCAUGUUGCUGUGAGAAACGGUAACUCAGACAUUGCUACAAAGAUUAUGAAGACAGUUCCUGCUCUGGCCAGAGAGGAAGAUACGGUUACUAAGACUCCAGUGCACCUGGCUGCACUUUAUGACAAGAUUGACGUGCUAGGAGUCUUGUUGGAACACGAUCCGUCUUUAGGUUACCUAGUCACAGGUGAUGGUUUCCCUCUUCUUAGUCUUGCUGGAUUUAGAGGCCAUGUUGGUAUUGCCCGAGAGCUCCUUAAGCAUUGUCCAGAUGCGCCCAGUACCUCAGUUUCUGGUUGGACAUAUCUGCACACAGCUGUAUCGUAUCAACAGACGGAGUUCGUAGAUUUUGUCCUGGGUUUGCCACAAUCUGGUAGACUUGUUAACAUGCGAACUAAAGAUGGAGAUACAGCUCUGCACCUCGCAGUCCAAAAGUGCAAUCCCAAGAUGGUCGCUGCUUUACUGCUUCACCCAGGCAUAGAUGUCACUGUGCUUAACAACAACGGCAACCCAGCAAACUGGGCAUUACCCAAACACCUUGCCAAGACUUUGAACUGGAACGAAGUGUCCAUGCUUACGGUUAAGGCUGAUCCUCAAGACGCAGGUUCUAUUUUAAAUCUCCACAUGGAUGCCAAGGAUGAAGUAACCGACUCAUCAAGGAAGGAUAUCAAGACCCUAACUCAAACAUACACAGGCAACACAUCCCUAGUAGCGAUCCUCAUCGCUACGAUUACCUUUGCUGCUGCAUUCACUUUGCCCGGAGGAUACAGCACUGAUGCUGGAAACGAGGGGCUUCCCAUCAUGGCAAGGAAGAUUGCGUUUAAGGCAUUCUUGAUCUCUGAUGCAUUGGCAAUGUGCUCCUCACUUGCUGUUGCUUUUAUAUGCGUCAUAGCAAGGUGGGAGGAUCUUGAGUUCUUGCUUUACUACAGAUCUUUUUCAAAGAAGCUCAUGUGGUUUGCAUACAUGGCAACCACCACAGCAUUCGCAACUGGUUUAUACACUGUUCUGGCUCCUCAACUCCCAGGACUGGCUGUUGCGAUCUGUGUUCUGACGUCUCUGCUGCCCAUUCUUACUAAGCUUCUUGGCGAAUGGCCUAUCUUGAGACUGAGAUUUCGGUUAGGUCAGACAUACAAUUCAGAGCUCCUCAAAAUGCUCUAGCUUCAUCAUCUUCAGUUAUUGAUCUAUCUAAUUUUCUGUUUUUAUGUUGGAAACAUGCGGAAACAGUAAGUUCACCGAACAGCACUAUUGUUUGGGUAAUUUGGAACCCACAUAAUAAAGCCCAAAUUAUAUACUUUGAACACAUCAUUUUUCAAGCCUGUGUAGAUGAGUUAUCGUAUUUUAUUUCUGAGUUGGACAUCCUA